GUGGCGUGGCGAGUUUCUGCUGGCUCUGUCUCGCUCACCGCGCGCGCGCACGCUGACGCACACACAUAAGCCCGGUUGGAGCAGCGGCGGCGCGCAGAGCUCCGGAGCGCAAGCUGCAGGACAGACGGAGCCACACCGCCAUGAUGCUGCGGACAGCGGGGAGCGUCUUCAGGAGGUUCUCCACCUCCUCACAUUAUUACCAGAAUAAGCUGAAAUUAGCCAUUAUUGGUCAGAGUCUGUUUGGCCAAGAGGUUUACAGCAACCUGAGGAAGCAGGGUCACAAGGUGGUGGGCGUGUUCACCGUUCCUGAUAGAGACGGCAAGGCCGACCCUCUGGCGGUGGCGGCGGAGAAGGACGGCACGCCAGUGUUCAAGUUUCCCAGGUGGCGUGUGAAAGGAAAGCCUAUCCAGGACGUGGUUGACGCCUACAAGUCAGUGGGGGCGGAGCUAAACGUCAUGCCCUUCUGCUCCCAGUUCAUCCCUAUGAACGUGAUCGACCAUCCCCAGCACGGCUCCAUCAUCUACCACCCGUCCAUCUUACCUCUGCACAGAGGAGCUUCUGCCAUCAACUGGACUCUGAUCCACGGUGAUAAAAAAGCUGGCUUCACGGUGUUCUGGGCCGACGACGGUUUGGACACGGGGCCCAUCCUGCUGCAGAGGGAAUGCGCCGUGGAGCCCAACGACACCGUGGACACGCUGUACAACCGCUUCCUGUUCCCAGAGGGCAUCAAAGCCAUGGUGGAGGCGGUGCAGCUCAUCGCUGACGGGAACGCCCCUCGCAUCCCGCAGACGGAGGACGGAGCCAGUUAUGAGGGCAUCCAGAAGAAAUCCAACGCCAAGGUUAACUGGGCCCAGCCAGCCGGGGCCAUCCACAACUGGAUCCGGGGCCACGACAAAGUUCCCGGAGCCUGGACCCUCGUGGAUGGACAGCCCGUCACCCUGUACGGCUCCUCCAUGUUGGGGGGGGCGGUCCCGGCCGGUCAGCCGCUGGAGAUCGAGGGAGCUUCCCGACCCGGCCUGGUGACGAAGAACGGGCUGGUCCUGUACGGAACCGACGGCAAAGCUCUGCUGGUCAAGAAUCUGCAGUUUGAAGACGGGAAGAUGAUCCCAGCUUCCAAGUUCUUCAGCGCAGGAGAGAGCGCCAGCGUGGAGCUGACCGACGAGGAGAAGAAGAUGGCGGAGGAAAUCCGGAACAUCUGGAAGGGAAUCCUCAGCAACGUAGCCGCCAUCGAGGACACGACGGACUUCUUCAAGUCUGGAGCUGCUUCCAUGGAUGUGGUCAGGUUGGUGGAGGAGGUGAAGCAGAAAUGUUCCGGCGUCCAGCUGCAAAACGAGGACGUCUACAUGGCCACCACCUUCCAGGACUUCAUCCAGAUGUUUGUCCGCAAGCUUCGAGGCGAGGACCAGGAGGAGGAGCUGGUGGUGGACUAUGCGACUAAAGAAGUGAACAACAUGACGGUGAACAUGCCGUACCAGUGCUUCAUCGACGGAAGGUUUGAGGACGCCGAAAACGGGAAAACAUACGACACCAUCAAUCCUACGGACGGAUCAGUGAUCUGUAAGGUGUCGUACGCCUCGGUGGGAGACGUGGACCGCGCCGUCGCUGCCGCCAGAGAAGCUUUUGAAAACGGCCCCUGGGGCAGGAUGAACCCCAGAGACAGAGGAAGUCUGCUCUAUCGGCUGGCAGACCUGAUGGAGGAGCACCAGGAGGAGCUGGCCACCAUCGAGUCCAUCGACUCCGGAGCCGUUUACACGCUCGCCCUGAAAACUCACGUGGGAAUGUCCAUCCAGACGUUCCGAUACUUCGCAGGCUGGUGCGAUAAGAUCCAGGGAAAGACGAUCCCCAUCAACCAAGCUCGACCCAACAGGAACCUGACCUUCACCAGGAAGGAGCCUCUGGGAGUCUGCGCCAUCGUUAUCCCAUGGAACUACCCUCUGAUGAUGCUGGCCUGGAAGAGCGCCGCCUGUCUGGCGGCGGGGAACACUCUGGUCCUGAAACCCGCCCAGGUGACUCCUCUGACCGCCCUGAAGUUUGCUGAACUUUCGGUAAAAGCCGGAAUCCCUAAAGGAGUCAUCAACAUCCUGCCAGGCUCCGGGGGCAUGGUGGGGCAGAGACUCUCUGACCACCCAGACAUCCGGAAGCUGGGCUUCACAGGCUCCACCCCCAUCGGUAAACAGAUCAUGAAGAGCUGUGCGCUCAGUAACCUGAAGAAGGUCUCCCUGGAGCUGGGGGGCAAAUCCCCCCUCAUCAUCUUCAGCGACUGCGACAUGGACAAGGCUGUUCGCAUGGGGAUGAGCUCGGUCUACUUCAACAAGGGGGAGAACUGCAUUGCUGCAGGACGGCUGUUCGUGGAGGAGUCCAUCCAUGAUGAGUUCAUCAGCAGGGUGGUGGAGGAGAUCAAGAAGAUGAAGAUCGGCGAUCCUCUGGAGCGCUCCACAGACCACGGCCCGCAGAACCACAAAGCCCACCUGGACAAGCUGCUGGAGUACUGCGACACAGGUGUGAAGGAGGGAGCCACGCUGGUGUACGGGGGCAAGCAGGUGGACAGGCCAGGGUUCUUCAUGGAGCCCACCGUCUUCACCGACGUGGAGGACCACAUGUUCAUCGCUAAGGAGGAGUCCUUCGGACCCGUCAUGGUCGUCUCCAAAUUCAAAGACGGGGACGUGGACUGCGUGCUUCAUAGGGCCAACGACACCGAGUACGGCCUGGCGUCGGGCGUCUUCACCCGGGACAUCAACAAAGCCAUGUACGUCAGCGAGCGGCUGGAGGCCGGAACCGUCUUCAUCAACACCUACAACAAGACCGACGUGGCCUCGCCGUUCGGAGGCUUCAAGCAGUCUGGCUUCGGCAAAGACCUCGGAGAGGACGCUCUGUCGGAAUACCUCAAAACCAAAGCAGUGACUGUGGAGUACUGAGGCCGUUCCUUCCACUGUCACCGGGAUCUACCAGCAGCCGGAGGCGACUGGGCUCCUCUAGGGAAUAUCAGGCAGAUGAGGAAGAACGGAGGAAGUUUCAGGCCUUCCUGUUAUCAGGAUGGAGGGAAAUUCACCCUUCUCUCUUCCUUUUCUCAGCGCAGCACAAACCAGCCAUUCUUCAUCCUCAGACGAAGUGAAUGUUUUUAUGGCCCAGCGUGUCUGAAUGGGUUUUUAAUCCGAUCUAGCUCCGCCCCCUAUGGAGUGAAUACACGUCCAUUAUUAUUGCAAGCAAAGAAAAUCUGUUUUAAAUGAAAAAUAGUAAAGAAAUCCAGGAGUUAAAUUACUAACAUCUUACUCAAAAAAGGUUUUGAGGGGUUUCUAUUUAGAAUUUAUUUUAAAUUUUUCUUUUUCAAGAAUUUUUUUAAAGAUUUUAUAUCAUUAGAUUUUAUUUAUUUUUUCAGAUUAAAAAGUUUUCUUUACUUCAAGCCAAACGCUCGGUGGCUAACGCCCAGCAGACCAAUAGAAACGCGUUCGCUCUCCUCCAGAGGUGAAAAUAAUGCAAACAUUUUAAACUCAAUUCUUAAAACAUUUGAAAAAUGCAAUACAUAAAAAAAAAUUUGAACAAAUAAAAUGUUAAAACAUAAAAAAAAGAAAUAAAACAAUUAAGAAAAAUAAUAUUUGAGAAAAAACAAAUAUACGUUAAUCUUUUAUUUAUGGACUAAAGUUUCUAUAUUUCCAUUUACAAACUGCUGUCUGCUUGCACCAAUAAUGGACCAGAGUUCACUCCAUAGCCUGCACCAUCCUGCAGUCUGAGCGUAAAGCAAACGGCCGUUAAUGAGUGAACAGUUAAUGAGGGAACGCAGCUCGUUAAGGAAACCCUGAAUAAAGGGCGGUUUCCAUGUUUGA